UAUGUUUAAGAUGAUCACAUUUGAAAUUAGAAAAUUAGACUUUCAACUUAUUUUAGGCCGAUGAUAUUUCGAUACAAGUCGAAGAAACUUUAUCUAUGAUCACAAAUGUUCUCAGUUAUCAUAUGAAUGUUGGACAAAAAAUUGAAAUUGAAACAUCAGCUAUUGUCAUAUUAAUUCAAAAAGUGAAACUAAACGCUCUAAUCAAUAUGACAAUUUCCUAUUCAAAUGGUGUUCAAAUUAAUCUUCCAAAACUAGAUUUUUGUGGACAAAAUUGCACACAGGAUACACCAGUAACACUUAAUGUAAGUUCAUGUUAUUCUACAAUAAAUAAGUGACUAAAAUAAUAAAAUUAUAAUUCAUAAUUCGAUUAACU